AUGGAGAUCAGCGAUGAGCAGAGGAUGGAGAUGUCCAUCGUGGAGCGCCACCAUCUUCCUCCUUCCUCGCAUGGCAAUGGAGAUGCCGAGACCGACGUGGAGGAGGAGCAUCUGUGGCCAACGAAAGAUGGCCCUCUUCCAAUAUUCCUCAAGUUUGAGAAUGUUGAGUACAGGGUGAAGAUGACUUUGAAGAACCCCCUCACAGCUGCAAGAGUGGCCUUUGCAUCCCAUAUGAGGGUGGAUCAGGGCAGCAGCAGCAAGCACAUCCUCAAGGGCAUUGCGGGGAGUGUGGACCCUGGUGAGAUCCUGGCGCUGAUGGGCCCAUCUGGCAGUGGCAAGACCACCUUGCUCAAGAUCCUGGGAGGCAGGCUCAGUGGUGGCAUCAAGGGCCAGAUUACCUACAAUGACACCCCCUACAACCCCCAUCUCAAGAAAAGGAUUGGAUUUGUGACUCAAGACGACGUCCUCUUCCCACAGCUAACGGUGGAGGAGACCCUCGUGUUCGCCGCGUUCUUGAGGCUCCCUGCUCGCAUGUCCAAGCAGCAAAAGCGCGACAGGGUCGAUGCCAUCAUCACCGAGCUGAAUCUAGAGAGGUGCCGGCACACCAAGAUCGGCGGAGCGUUCGUGAGGGGGGUGUCAGGAGGCGAGAGGAAGAGGACCAGCAUCGGGUACGAGAUCCUCGUCGACCCAUCGCUGCUGCUCCUCGAUGAGCCCACCUCCGGGCUCGACUCCACCUCAGCGAGCAAGCUCAUCCUCAUCCUCCAGCGCCUCGCCAAGACGCGUAGGACGAUCAUCACGACGAUCCACCAGCCGUCGAGCCGGAUGUUCCACAUGUUCGACAAGCUGCUGCUCAUCUCCGACGGCCACGCCAUCUACCACGGCAAGGCCCGGGACUGCAUGCACCACUUCUCCUCGCUGGGGUUCGUCCCGGAGAUCCCCAUGAACCCCGCCGAGUUCCUGCUGGACCUCGCCACGGGCAACCUCGACGACAUCAGCGUCCCCGAGGCGCUGCGCGGCUCGCCGGACCCCCAGGAGUUCAGGUCCCACGUGAUCAGGCACCUGCAACUCAAGUACAGGUCCGCCGCCUCCGCCGGUGGCGCCGAGGCGGCGGCGAGGAGGGCGCCCAUGGAGCAGUUGCGGUUGGCGGUGCGGGCGCGCAAGGACCGGCGGGGCAUUGGGUGGUUCCAGCAGUUCGCGGUGCUGUCCCGGCGCACGUUCAGGGAGCGCGCCUCCGACUACCUGGACAAGAUGCGGCUCGCGCAGGCCGUCGGCGUGGCGCUCCUCCUCGGCCUCCUCUGGUGGAAGUCCAAGACCGGCAACGAGGCCCAGCUGCGCGACCAGGUGGGGCUCAUCUUCUACAUCUGCAUCUUCUGGACGUCGUCGUCGCUGUUCGGCUCCGUCUACGUGUUCCCGUUCGAGAAGCUGUACCUGGUGAAGGAGCGCAAGGCGGACAUGUACCGGCUGAGCGCCUACUACGCCAGCAGCACGCUGUGCGACGCCGUGCCGCACGUCGUGUACCCGGUGCUCUUCAUGGCCAUCCUCUACUUCAUGGCCGACCUCCGGCGGACGGUGCCGUGCUUCUUCCUGACGCUGCUCGCCACGCUGCUGAUCGUGUUCACGAGCCAGGGCACCGGGGAGCUGCUGGGCGCGGCCAUCCUGAGCGUGAAGCGCGCGGGGGUGAUGGCGUCGCUGGUGCUCAUGCUCUUCCUCCUCACCGGCGGGUACUACGUGCAGCACAUCCCCAAGUUCAUCCGGUGGCUAAAGUACGUGUCCUUCAUGCACUACGGGUUCAACCUGCUGCUCAAGGCGCAGUACCACGGGCACCUGACAUACGACUGCGGCAGCCGCGGCGGGUGCCAACGGCUGCAGUCGUCGCCGUCGUUCGACACCGUGGACCUCGACGGCGGCAUGCGCGAGGUCUGGAUCCUGCUCGCCAUGGCGCUCGCCUACCGACUCCUCGCCUACUUCUGCCUCCUCAAGCGGAUCAGCUUCAUGCCCUUGUGA